AUGAAUAUAGAUGCACAAAAUGUAAAUAUAGUGAUGGAUACUGAGACUGCAGAGGUACAAGCAAAAAAAGUACAGGAGAUUCAUAAGGAAUGCAAUGAAACCGAGCCACCGGUAAAAUCUGUUGAUACUCAGGAAACUGAGCAACCAACACACAUAGAGCCACCAGCACCUAGAAAACAACCUAAGGUAGAAGUUCAUGUUGAGACCACUCCACUGAAAGUUACACAUACUAAGAAACCAUCUACAACAAAAAUUCAAACUCAGACAGAUCCACCAGAAGGCAAUCAGAAGGAUAUAAUAAAGAUGGUUCAUCCUUUAGAGGGUGAUGAGUUUCAUGCUCAAGAGAAGAGUGACAACCUGGAUGCUAGUACAGAGUCCAACUCUCAAACUGACAAAGUGGCUAUUAGAGAAAAUAAGUCUAGAGGUUAUAAACCUAAUAGAAUUCGGAUUGCAAUGGCAGGAAAUGCCAAAGAAGGAGUGGAGAUCAGAUUGCAGGUGAAAAUACCAAUGGAUGGCUGCAAAUGGAGGCUUUUACUCACUUCUUUUGCCCUUGUUUUCCAAGUGACUGUGUCAACCAUAAUAAAUCUGGAGUGGGUUGUCAGCUAUAACUCAACAAUCAAUCCACUGGGCCAAACUCAACCUAUAAUUACUAUUAAUGGAAUGUUUCCAGGUCCAGUCAUCAAUGCAACCACGAAUGAUAACGUCUUUGUGAACGUCUUCAACAACCUUGAUGAACCUUUUCUCAUAACUUGGAAUGGGAUACAACAAAGAUUGAAUUCAUGGGAGGAUGGAGUAUCAGGAACAAACUGUCCCAUACAACCAGGAACCAAUUGGACCUAUGCUUACUUUGAGCCCAAGGACCAAAUUGGGAGCUACUACUACUCUCCUUCCACAAGAUUCCAAAAAGCUGCAGGAGGGUUUGGUGCCAUCAAAGUUUAUAAUCGUAUAGUCAUAAAUGUUCCCUUUCCUCGCCCUGCAGAUGACUUCAUUGUUCUCAUUGGUGACUGGUAUACCAAGAGCCAUAAGGAACUAAGAGAAGCUUUAGACGAAGGCAAUGAGCUUCCUGCUCCAGAUGGGAUCUUGAUCAAUGGAAAAGCUCCAUAUUUCUUUGGAAUGAAUGGAAGUAACUUCGAGAGUUUUACAGUGACAAAAGGAAGCACAUAUCGAUUAAGGAUUUCUAAUGUUGGAAUAGCAACAUCUUUAAAUUUCAGAAUACAAGGUCAUCAAUUGUUACUUGUGGAAACAGAAGGCUCUUACGUGGCACAAACAUUCUAUGACUCCCUGGAUGUCCACAUAGGUCAAUCAUAUUCCGUAUUGGUAACAGCAGAUCAAGAUAUAAGUGAUUAUUACAUAGUUGCAAGUGCUCGAUUUGCAAAGGAGCCAAUCAGUGCAGGUGUAGCAGUGCUUCACUAUAACAACUCAACGACUCCUGCAAGCGGAAACUUACCCCUUGGACCUGAUGACUCCAAUUAUAAUUUCUCCAUCAACCAAGCUAAAUCUAUUAAGUGGAACAUGACGACCGGUGCAGCCCGUCCAAAUCCGCAGGGGACAUUUAACGUGACAAAUGUCACGAUUAAUGAAACAUUAAUACUCCAUCACGGGGUGGCCAAUAUUGACGGAUCCCGUCGGUAUACCGUCAAUAAUAUCUCUUAUUUGACGCCUGCCAUUCCUCUGAAGCUGGCUGACUAUUCCUUCAACGGAACGGGGGUGUAUGUUGUGGAUGAUUUUCCGUUGACGACGAUCAGCCCCGUUGCAGAGAUGAAAACUUCUGUUAUCUCGGGCAAUCAAAAGACGUGGCUGGAAAUUGUGUUGCAGAAUGACGGCCCUGACGUCCAGUCAUGGCAUCUUGACGGCUAUGGAUUCUAUGUUGUUGGGCUUGGUUUGGGAACAUGGUCAGCUGAUUCAAGAGCAACAUACAAUUUGUAUGAUCCAGUAGUUCGCUCCACAACACAGGUAUAUGGGAACAAUUCGUGGACUGCUGUCUAUCUAUUUGUUGAUAAUCCAGGAAUGUGGAAUCUACGUUCAGAGAUACUUGAGAAUUGGUAUUUGGGACAAGAGAUUUACAUGAGAGUAUUUGAUCCAGAUCCCAAUCCUCUUAAAGAAAAACCAAUUCCUUCAAAUACAAUAUAUUGUGGUAAUUUUUCUAUUGGAUCUCCAAAUCCAUCUCCACUGCCUUCACCAAGUAUUAAAGAGAUGGAUUGA